GUCUAUCGACAGAGUGUGUGAUUUUUGAACCUGUGCAGGGAGGGUCCUCUCGUCAUCACACUUUUCUACCCCCAUCUUUCGCGUCGUCAGGGAUCGCGAAUCGCGAUCGGCUCCAUAGUCGAGCGAAAAAAAUCUUGAAAGCGCAGAGAGACUACCUGGUAGUCACCACCAACCCCAAAGGCAAAACUCCCACUGCCUCAUCAUAUCAAAGACAAGAGUGCGGCAUUCCUCUCCUUGCUCUCAUUCCCUUUUCUGCCCUUUAAGCAAUGAAGGACACGCCCACCGUCAUGAUCACGGAAACGCAGCCUCUACUCGUCAAACCAGCGCCACCCCCAUCGCCACCUCUCAACUCGGCGCAGCGCAUCGCCAUCACCCUCUUCGCGUCCGUGCGCGUCGUCCGUGGUCUCGCCUUCAUCGCCUGGCCGGCCAUCGGCCUCUCGUCAUUUGACAUUCCCACCACAGGCGCGACAUUUUUGCUGGGCGCGCUUCUCGGCUCCAGGGAUUUCCUCCUGGGCGGCCUGCUCUGGACGGCUGACCUCGAUGCACCCAGCAGGCGCGAGGUGCGUAGAGCGCUCCUGGUGAACCUUCUCUCCGACGCCAUGGACACCUGCAUCCUCAUCUUCUCCGCCGCCUGCUCCUGGCACUGGCGCAACCCGUUUAUUGAGAUUGGCCUCGCCGCUGUCCUGGCCGUCGCAGAACACCUGACUCUGUGGAGCAUGGACGAGGACACCGACGAUGGCGCAGCAGCCUACGUGCGGCUUGUCCAGGCCGGCGAGGACAAGCAGAGGCGCAUGGACUCGUGGCUGACCGAGUUGAGGGCGGCGGAGGCGCAGAGCUAUCGACCUGCGUCGACAGUUGCCGAGUCCCAUGCUGGAGGGGCUCAAUGACGAUGAUGAGAUAGGUUCAUGUCAACGAUUUACACUUAUAAGCGUACGGUGUUUGGGGUACAUUGUCAUUUUGAAGGAAAAACUGUUCUUUUCAGGAGUUUAGCUUG